AUGGUAGAGGAGAAUAAGCACAUUCCAAAGUUUAUACGAGAGCGCCCGUGGUACCUUAAGGGUGAUGGAGUUGAUGGGGAAGGUGAUGGUGAAGACAAGUUGAGUCAUCAUCGGCUUGUUCACGGUCAGGUGCCGAUUGACCACUCGGAGCCCAAGAUGGGGUCUGAAAUUGUGGAUGUGUUCAAAGUUGUGGGUGAGGUCUCUGGCGGCCGAGGUAAGCGGCUCGGAGGUAGCCGGUGCGAGAACUGUGGUUCGGCUGCCCACAAGAAGCGAGACUGCCUGGAGCGGCCUCGGAAACAGAGGAGAGAAGGUGGCGUGAUUGGAGAAGCAGGUGGUGCAUUUGCAGUGCGGGACGAGGCAGGCCUAAAGUACGACGCGAAACGCGACCGAUGGUUUGGAUACGAUGCGGAGGAUCACGAGAGGAGAUCAGAGCGGAGAGCUCACGUGACCGCGGGGCAAACAGGAGCUUGUGUUGGUGCGGUGGAGGAGGAUUCUGUUGAGGAUCUCGACUGGCAGGUGGAGAGAUACAAGCUGGGUUUGUUGGAAGAUCAACAAGUGCGUGGUGACUCGAGUGAGGGUGUGCCGUCAAUUAGGGCGCGCGACGACAAAGCGUUAUACCUUGACGAUUUCAAUUCGGACGAAAUACGCUACGACCCGAAGUCUAGGUUAUAUAAGACUGAUGAGCUGGGUUCUUUGGACCCCGAGACUAAGAUGUUUCACCGUCACUUGAAUGGGGACUCGACUAAGCUUGAAGCGCUAAGUAAAAAAGUACGGUCCAUUGAGUCGCAGUCCGGGAUACGGGACGACGAUGUUGAUGUACGCAAAGUGGGCCACGUAUUGGCUGCCAACCCUACGAAGUAUGAAAUCAUGCUGCUGAGAGGCAAUAAUAGAUCCACGAGUGAUGCGCAUAAGAAUGGCGAGUCGAGCAAGGAGCGCAGUGCCGGAGAGAACGGUACAAGGACAAAUGGAGCAAACAAGGGGUGA